AUGUCCGAGCCUAGGUCGGUUGCCAUUGUCGGUGCGGGCGUUUUCGGCCUCUCUCUGGCAGUUGCUCUCAGCAAACGCCAAUAUCGCGUGACGGUAUUUGACAGAUAUCGCUACGACGAGACUAACUACGAGCCCGAUCUUGACGGCACAACUCAGGCGGCAUCCGUCGACCAUAACAAGAUUUUCCGAGCUUCGUACGGAACCAAGCUUCACUACCAGCGUCUCGCGCUUGAGAGCCGGGCUGCCUGGGAGAGGAUCAAUGAGCAACGCCGUCAAGAAGACGGUGAUGCUGAUUCGGACCUCUUCAACGGGUGCGGCAUGCUUCGGGUUCAACCCACCGCCGACCUCGAUCCGCUCGAGCGCGAGACGUUGAGCAACUUUGAACGGGACGGUCUGAGAGACAGCCAGUUCGUCAAGAGCGACUCGGCUGACCGCGAGCGUGCUGCCGAGCGCGGCUGGGAUGGCAAGCUUCUUGGGUUUGAGAUCCCGCAGGCUUCACCGCCGCAGACAUACGAAGCCGUCCUUGACUCGCUUGCUGGGUUUACGAAGUGCAGUGAGGCGUGCGCCUACUUUUACCAGCUCGCCCUGCGUCAGGGUGUCACGUUCCACUUUGGUCCCGAGAGAGGCGCCUUUGACAGUAUCAUCGAGGACAGCCCGUCCACACCUGGCCGCAAGAGGGCGGUCGGGCUGAAGACGAAGGACGGGGUUUCCCAUAACACCGAUGUCGUUGUCAUUGCCGCUGGGUCCUUCUCGACCCAACUUUUACCGGAACUGUCCUAUCACCUAGAGUCUUCGGCGGGCAGCGUAGUCACCUUCAAGGUCGACAAGAAGGAUUCGGCCCUGUGGGACAAGUACUCCCCUGAGCGCUUCCCGGUCAUCACUUGGAGGAGUGCCGCACGGAAUCCGAGCGGAAAAGACUCGGGCAGCGUCUACGUCCUCCCAAGGACCGCCGACGGCCUCAUAAAGAUUGGGUUUCGCGGUAUCAAGUUUACCAACUUCCAAUCCGCUCCUUCUGAGACGGGCUUCACGCAAGACGGGAAGUGGUCAAUUCCUCUGCCACCCGCCGAUUGCCGUGCGGUACCCGAACCAGCCAGAGAAGCCAUCAGGAGAUUUGUGUCGAUUUUCUUGCCGGAGUUCGCCGACGCAGACUUCAACUCGACUAAGCUGUGCUGGUACACCGACUCACUGGAUAAUUCCUUCGUCAUUGACCAUGUUCCCACAUACGCCGACGGAAGCGUUUUCGUGGCGACAGGAGGCAGUGGCCAUGGUGCCAAGUUUCUCCCCGUUCUUGGCGAGGCAGGUUAA